AUGGUCUCCCUCGAUCCGGCACACCUGUUCGGCGCCGUCCUCUCCCUCGUCACCCCCUGGAGUCUGCUCAGCUGUGUGUCGACUGCCUCACGGAACUCUACCAAUAUCCUCUUGCAGGCAUCCUCAGAUGUCAUUGCCUUUGACAGCAUGUUCGGCGACCACGUUGCCAUUUGGCAUUCGCUGCAUUCCAGCCCUCAGCAUCACCUGGCCUACAUGCGCCUGAUCCGCCGCGCAGCGUGGCUUGGCGGUCAGUUUGGCGGUCAGCACAGCCAUCAAAAGACGGAGCUUAUGCUGCAGAUCGCGGCGGGUGGUCUUGUCGAGUAA